AAACGUUUGGCGACCAUAUAUCACCGCCAAUCUGUGCAUUUUGGAGCUGUUCAGAGUCCUGUGCUAGGGCUCUGUUCACCUUCGGUGGGAUAUCCGUCUCGGAUGUCUUCCGACAUGAAUCAUGUGGCAGUGGGAAAUACGCUUGGGCUGGAGCAGCAGUUGGCUGGUCUAGACCUGAACUCCUCUGAUAAUCAGAGUGCAGGAGGAAGUACUGCAAGCAAAGGGCGCUAUAUACCUCCUCACUUAAGGAACAGAGAAGCUUCUAAAGGAUUUUAUGAUAAGGACAGUUCAGGGUGGAGUUGUAGUAAAGAUAAGGAUGCAUACAGCAGUUUUGGUUCUCGUGAUUCAAGAGGGAAAUCCAGUUACUUCAGUGAUCGUGGAAGUGGAUCAAGGGGAAGAUUUGAAGAUCGUGGACGGAGUGACUAUGAUGGCAUUGGCAGUCGUGGUGACAGAACUGGCUUUGGCAAAUUUGAACGGAGUGGACACAGUCGUUGGUGUGACAAAUCAGAUGAAGAUGAUUGGUCAAAACCACUUCCACCAAGUGAACGCUUGGAACAGGAGCUCUUUUCUGGUGGAAAUACUGGGAUUAACUUUGAGAAAUAUGAUGAUAUACCAGUAGAAGCAACUGGAAAUAACUGUCCUCCACAUAUUGAAAGUUUCAGUGAUGUUGAAAUGGGAGAGAUUAUAAUGGGGAAUAUUGAGCUUACUCGUUAUUCCCGUCCUACUCCAGUGCAAAAACAUGCCAUUCCCAUUAUCAAAGAGAAAAGAGACUUAAUGGCUUGUGCCCAAACAGGAUCUGGAAAAACUGCAGCAUUUCUUCUGCCCAUUCUGAGUCAGAUAUAUACAGAUGGUCCAGGUGAAGCUUUGAAGGCUGUAAAGGAAAAUGGAAGAUACGGACGCCGCAAACAGUACCCAAUCUCUCUGGUUUUAGCACCAACAAGAGAAUUGGCUGUGCAGAUCUAUGAGGAAGCCAGAAAAUUUUCAUACCGGUCUAGAGUUCGUCCUUGUGUAGUUUAUGGUGGUGCUGAUAUUGGUCAGCAAAUUAGAGAUUUAGAACGUGGAUGCCACUUGUUAGUAGCCACUCCAGGACGUCUAGUGGACAUGAUGGAAAGAGGAAAGAUUGGAUUAGAUUUCUGCAAGUACUUAGUAUUGGAUGAAGCUGACAGAAUGCUGGAUAUGGGAUUUGAACCUCAGAUCCGCCGUAUAGUUGAACAAGACACCAUGCCACCAAAAGGUGUUCGUCACACCAUGAUGUUUAGUGCUACUUUUCCUAAGGAAAUACAGAUGCUUGCCCGUGACUUCUUGGAUGAGUAUAUCUUUUUGGCUGUCGGUAGAGUUGGUUCUACUUCUGAGAACAUCACACAGAAAGUAGUUUGGGUGGAAGAGUCAGACAAACGAUCAUUUCUGCUUGACCUGUUAAAUGCAACAGGGAAGGAUUCAUUAACUUUAGUGUUUGUGGAGACCAAAAAGGGUGCGGAUUCUCUGGAGGACUUCUUAUACCAUGAAGGAUAUGCUUGUACCAGCAUUCAUGGAGACCGAUCCCAGAGAGAUCGAGAGGAGGCCCUUCACCAGUUUCGCUCAGGGAAAAGCCCAAUUCUAGUGGCUACAGCGGUGGCAGCAAGAGGGCUAGACAUUUCAAAUGUGAAGCAUGUUAUCAAUUUUGAUUUGCCAAGUGAUAUUGAAGAAUAUGUACAUCGCAUAGGCCGUACAGGACGUGUAGGAAAUCUUGGCCUUGCUACCUCAUUCUUCAAUGAAAGAAACAUAAAUAUCACAAAGGAUUUGUUGGAUCUACUUGUUGAAGCUAAACAAGAAGUGCCAUCUUGGUUAGAAAAUAUGGCUUAUGAACACCACUACAAGGGCAGCAGUCGUGGACGUUCUAAGAGAUUCAGUGGAGGAUUUGGUGCCAGAGACUACCGACAAAGUAGCAGUUCCAGCAGUUCUGGCUUUAGUGGUCGUGCAGGCAGCAGCCGUAGCAGUGGAGGUGGUCACGGCAGCAGCAGAGGAUAUGGUGGAGGUGGCUAUGGAAGCUUCUACAAUAGUGAUGGAUAUGGAGGAAAUUACAACUCUCAAGGAGUUGACUGGUGGGGCAACUGAAUCUCCUUUGCAGCAAAGUCAAACAAGUUAAUAUGGAAACCACAUGUAACUUUAGCCAGACUAUGUUGUAUAGCUUUAAGAACUUAACAUUUUAUGUUACCAACAGUGAUUCUUGAAAUUGAUGAGAGCUCAAAGUCAUAAGAAGAAGCAAACCAUCAUCUGCCCUGUUAAGAAGUUGGCUUUAGUUUGGAUUCACUAUACUGCUUUAUCCCAUUUCAAACUGUAUUUAUAAUUUCACAGCUGAGGAUCAUUUGUUAAUGUACUGUGACUUUUAACUUUAGUCAACUUAUUAUUUUGAUGUCCUGUUGGCUCAGUAAUGCUCAAGGUAUCCAAUUGUUUGACAAAAUAAAUUUACUGAACAUGUGCUAAAAUCAAACCUUGGCACACAAGUGUUGAUGGUAUAACUUAGUUUUCCAUAAAUAGAAGGGGAAAAAAACUUAAUGCAGUAUACUUUUUUGAUCCUGGAACUGGAAUUAAAAACAUCUUAAAACAUAGCUUGUUUCUUUGGUGGUAGGCUGUAUAAAAUUGAAGUUCUGAUUUGCUCACUCUAUCCUAGAUAGGCACUUAAAACCUUAUACUCUAGAUAAACCACUCUGGUCAUGAUGAGAUAGAAUAUAUGAAAAUGCAGCAUUUUUGAGAGCCUUCUUCAAAGACAAUACAAGUGUGUACAAUAAUUUCUUAUUUAAAGUUUAGGCUGUUAAUUCUAAGUUAGACAAAUAUUGGCAUACUAUUACAGAAAAAGUUUGAAGUUCUGUUGUCUUAAUUUAGUGGAGGUUUCAUUUAAUUAAAUUGCUAAUGCCUGCCAUAAAUAAAAAGGAAGUGUUCGUGUGGCUGACCAUGGCAAUGAACAGUCUUAUGCAGACCUAGUUCAGAUCUGGUCUUCAGUGCAUGCUAGUGUUAAUGUUUUUUGGUCAAGAUGGUUUGAAAAGAAAAGAUUUCGCAGCAGGCUUUAUUUUAAUGUGGAUUCAUGUUGUUUGUAGAAGCUGCUUGGAAAAGUUGAAACGGCUUACACUUGUAGACUGAAAAUUUGAGAAAUAAACUGAGAUCCUUGAGAUUACACAGGUUGGAAAUACAAAGUAAACUACACAGGGCAUCAGUUUUAUAUAUAUAUAUUUUAAUAGAUUUUAAAAUAGUAUUUUAAUUGCAUAAUUUCCAUUGUAUUUGUAGUUGUGAGGCUAGACUUGGCCAAAGAUGAUUAUUCAUUACUAAAAUGCCUCUCCUGUUUGGAAAUCUGUGCUUAUUUUUUGGCCAGAAUGCAGCAAAACCAAAUCUGCACAGUGUCAUAGAAGCUGGCAAGAAUUUCUUAAAAGUGCAAUAUAUUUUAUGUGUAUUGUGCCUUGUUCUAAAACUUUAUUAAGUAGGUGCACUUGACGGUAUUGAGGUCAUUUGUUACGGUGCUAUUUGAAUUAGUGUAGGUUUAGACUCUUGUACAUUUUGCCCGUACUUUUUACAAAGUACUUAUUUUAUUGCACAUUCAGAGAAUUUUAUAUGUGUGUGUGUGUGUCUUGUGUGCGAGUCUUUAAACUUCCGAUCUUACUUUGUCUCUUGGAAAUUGUUGAAUGCAGCUUGUCAAGAACUAGAUUCUGAAAUUUUAUCUGGGACCAUGGAUUGUUGAGAGAACUAUUUGCACAUGACAAACUUUCAUAGAUAAUUUUUGCUGCUAGCUUGUGUAAUAUUUAUUGAGCAUUUUGACAAAUAUUUAUUUUUGUAAGCCUAAAAUUGAUUUAGAACGUUUAAAGAAACUUGACCAAAAGACAGUUCACAAACACUGGCACUUGAAUGUUGAAUGUCACCAUACAUGAAAUACUAUAUUUUGGGGUAGUGUGAGCUUUUAAUGUUAAGUCCUACAAAACUUGAGUGAAAUUAAGCAGACCGAGAAUUGGCAGGAUAGCUACAAUGUUCUGAUAAAAUUUAAGAUAAAACUGGCAACUUGAAACUGAAACAUGCCAAGGUUUUAAUAGACUUGUCUUGAGAUGUUAAUGAAAACACUUCUGAAAAUUGGUAUGUCCACAUUCUCUCAAAAGUUCUCUGAGUUUUUUUAGUUAUGUGUUUUAUUGUGUUUGAUUUCUGUUACUGUCUGGCAUAUCUGCAGUCCUUAAACAUGUGGUUAUCUUUCUAUAUUGCUAUAAUCAGUGACUUACACAUUCAGUUUUAUUAAUCAGCAAUACUUGGAAUGAAAAAAGAUUGGAUUUGGUUCGCUGAAUGUAAACAUUGAACUUUAAGUCACUGUUUAGUAAUUGCUUAUUGUAUUGACUUUAGACAGUAGCACUGCGUGUGCUGCUUUUUGUUAUGAUUUUACUCAAAUAAAAAGUUGAACAGUU